UGCCCGUCUCACUUCCGUCUCUCGGUCGUUGAAUGCUCUGCUGACUGUCUCAUCCGACUCUGUUGUUGUUGCUACUUCUUGUCUCUGAUGGAGACUGUUUCGAUAUUACAGCCACCAACGUCUGGUAUGAGAUAGCACCGCUUCCGUCUUGCGUCAUGGACGCCUUUUCGAGACUCAGCCCGCCCUCUUACCCGGCACCGUCCGGCCUUCAGAUCUUUGCGCUCUUCGUCAACUUCUUCUUCCCUGCCCUGGCCCUGCUCGUCGUCGCCACCCGCGCCGCCGGCAGGCUAGCCACGAGGCAGUUCGCCCUCGAUGACUGGCUUAUAUGCAUAGCCAUGCUCAUGUCAGUCGCCGAGACCAUCAUAAGCUACUUCUUUAUCAAAACAAACUUUGUUGGCAUCCGCAUCGAUCAAGUGCCCCCCCAUGACCCUACCGAGGCCCUGAUUUGGUCCUACGCCGUGCAGAUCCUGUACAACCCAAUCCUCGCCCUGGUGAAGUCGUCUGUGCUCAUCUUCCUGACCCGCUUGUUCGGGCAGAAGGACGGCGUGCGGCGCUUCCUCCUCUGGCUCAACGUUGCCAAUGUCGCGCAGAUGGUUGCCGUCUUCUUUGCCAUUACACUACAAUGCUUGCCAAUAGCUUUCAACUGGGACCCUACUGUCCAAGGCGGCCGUUGCGUCGACCGCCGCAUCCUGUAUACCUGCACGGCCGCCUUCAACAUCGUCAUGGAUUUGAUGAUUCUUGGCCUGCCCCUUUGGGUCUUUAUUGACCUCAAGAUACCCAAGCGCACCAAAAUUGCGCUCUUGUUCGUCUUUCUCCUCGGCUUCCUGGUCACCAUUACCUCGGUUAUCCGCUUGGUGCUGCUUCUUCAAGGAUUGUUUGGUCUGACGCUGCUGUCCGAUCCCACCUCCAACACCGGCUUCGUCACGUCUGCUAUUGAGACCAACCUGGCGCUUAUCACGGCGUCUGCGCCGGCCCUGCGGCCGAUCUUCCGCUCACGCGAGCGUGGCGGUUGGUUUCCACGUACGAUGCUUAGCCGCGUCGCAGACGUAGACGUAGAGGUGGCCCAGAAGCCUGCCGGGUGGGAUAACUCAACGGUUGGGAGCAACGCGGGCAGUGGCAAGCUUGGCCGAGGGGGAAGCCGCGGUGGGAGGAGGGGCACUACUCGCAGCGUACGGAGCACUCGGGCUGGGCGCGGCGGGAAAAUCAAGCCCAUCAUCCGCGUGCGGACGGACAUGGCCGAGCUACGCAGCCAGUCGCCCCGCACGAGCGAGGAGGAGACCAUGACAAGCAACGGGAUAAUGCGCGUCAGCGAUAUCCAGCGCGAGAUUGACGGCAUUGUCAAGGACAUUGCCGUGUCUGGGCGUGGCACCUACGUGCCGACACCGAAGACGCCUAAGCCUAAGCCACGGCCAUCCAUGGAGACCAUUCGCCCGAGCACCGGGGGGAGCAGCGGCCGGCGGCUGUACCCCGAGCGCUACUACAGCGAGAGCGUCUAUCCGGACCCCGACUUUGACGACGACUCCCGAGACUAUACCGAGGAGCGCUUGUCAAAGUACGGCGAGAAGCGGUUCGGCGUCGUGACACCCAAAGGGACGACGCCCACGUCACGGGCGUGGAAGGAGAGCGGGCGGCCGUUUUAAUUGUUUAAAUGAUACCCUCGGGAACAUCUGUGGGGUUCGGAACUGGCGUCCCAAAGGCUUGGAUCAUUGCACCGGCUGUUUUUUUCAGGGAUGGUUUUGGUUGGGUUUGGCGCAACACCUCAUGGUUCGGGAGUUUGUUUUGGCUUUGGCUUCUUUUAAGCAAUCGGUCAUGGACAGCGGCGCUUCUCGGUUCUUCUACACGACAUAGGGCGG